GGCUCUGGGCUGGCGCAUGGGGCUGUCGGGGCCGCUCGGAACGUACGGAGCGUCGAGGCGUGAGUGCUGAAGACUCAGGGAACACAUCCUUUGGGACAGCUCAAUGGCCCUGGGUGAAGAAAAGGCUGAGGUGGAAGCAUCCGUGCAAGAAGGGGCCCAGCCCUACCAGAGAUGGAGUCACGGGCUGGACCCUCCAGGGCCCGUGCCUGGUGAACAGCCGCGCCUGGAAGCCGAAGGAGGGCCUGCCUCUCCUGUGUGGGGUGCAGAGGGGCUUGCUGACUCCCCCUGCAGUCCGGCUGGAGUUCACCUGCCUCUGGCCAAGGACACCGGAAGAGAACCAGCCCCUCUCAGUGGCCAACUUCCUCCUGGACACCUUCCACACUCCGUGGGAAACCAGGUGGAGGAAGCUGUGCUUUCUGCCUGCAAGGAGCUACCUCAGCCACUGCCUCCUCCCAGAACUGCAGCUGUUUGCUCAGGACAUGAUGCGGACACCGAAGAUGACCCCUCUCCAGUGCGUUCGCCCCAGGGGCUGGGCCUCAGUCAGCAGCCUCACGUCUCAGGUUUCCCUCUUGCAGGGGCUACAACUGCACAGCUAACCAGCUGCGGCCUCUCUGCCUCCUCCACAGGCAGCAGUCUCCAAGGUCACCAAAAGAUAGCAGAGCCUCAGACCUGCUCCCUUGCCAAGGUCUCCUCCCUGGAGCUGAUGGUCCCACAGACAGGCCCCUCUCGGCAGAGGCCAGAGCCUGGGUGCCAAUGGUCACCACAGGCCAGGAACUGUGGGGUUGAUGCUGCUGGCCUGGGCAGGAGGCGCCUCUCCUUCCAGGCAGAGUACUGGGCCUGCGUGCUGCCAAAUUCCCUGCCUCCUUCCCCUGACCGCCACUCCCCACUCUGGAACCCAAAUAAAGAGUAUGAAGAGCUGCUGGACUACACUUACCCACUGAGGCCUGGGCCUCAGCCUCCCCAGGUCCGGUACAGCAGUGUGCCAGCUGACCCCAUCCUGCAGGACUCGGGUGUAGACCUGGAUAGCUUUUCUGUGUCCCCAGCAAGUACCCUCAAAUCGCCCACUAAUGCCUCCCCCAAUUGCCCACCCCUAGAGGCCACGGCUGUGCCAUUUUCCAUGACAACAGAGUCCCACCUAAAGCAGUGGCCCUCUGAAGUACCCCAGAAGCAGGGCAGCACAGACCUGGCACCUUGGAGCCGGCUGGCAUCUACACCCAGGGCCCCAGGUACCAGGGAUGCCUCUUGGGAGAGCAGAGAAUCAACUCCAGGGGACAAGCAUCUCAAGGUGGGCUCUCCACAGCAGAGGACUUGGGACAGAGGGUGGCCUUCAUCCAGGCCAGAGAGGGAUAAAAGGGCCAGCCAGAGUGCCCACUGCCCUGUCGGCAUAGUCUCUGGCUGGCGUUCAGAAGAGGAAGUGGACAGUGACGACGAGUACCUGGCCCUGCCCACUCGGCUCACACAGGUUUCUAGUUUGCUUUCAUAUCUGAGUUCUAUUCCCACCUGGAUGCCCCCUCCUGGUGGGGCUGCUGAAGGACAGAGCUCCCUUGAAGUGUCAGACAGCGAUGGGCCAGCUUCUCUGCCAUCCAGCUGCAGCCGGGGCCAGCUCCCCUCUGAGGCCACCCUGCACACCUCUGGGGACCUAGAGAGCCAGAACCACUGUUUCCUGCCCUCCUUCAUCUGUGCCCAGGACUCUGCAGGGGAGGGCAGUCUGCUGAGCAGCCAGACCCCAGGGACUGCCUCUGGACUGCCAAAGACCCAGGCCUGCUUGCCAGCUAUGCUGGACACGUGGUCUUCCUCAGCCCUAGCUGCUGAAGGGCAGCUUCCUGGGGAAGAGCAGGGGCAAGAAUCGCUGGUGCAGUGUGUGAAGAUAUUUUGUACCCAGCUGGAAGAACUGAUCCGCUGGCUAUACAACGUGGCCGAUGCUACGGACCCAGGGACUCCUCCUGGCUCCAGCCUCACGGCUCUCAAGUCUUCUCUGCAGCUGUACCGGCAAUUUAAGAGAGAAAUAGAUGAACAUCAGUCCUUGACGGAGAGCGUCUUACAGAGAGGGGAGAUGCUUCUUCAGUGCCUGCUGGAUAAUGCCCCAGUCUUAAAGGAUGUCCUUGGGAGGAUCGCGAAGCAGUCGGCUGAGCUGGAGAGCCAUGCAGACCGCCUGUAUGACUCUAUCUUAACUUCUCUGGACCUGCUAGCUGGCUGCGCCCUCACCCCUGAGAACAAGCCGACAAGAGCCAAGGAGCGCCAGUGUGAAAGAGUUUAACCUGACUACUUCUCAAACAGAUGCAAUUCUUCAGCCAAAAGUUGCUUUGCAAGAAGAAACCUUUCAAAAUGUCCUUGAAAGACCCAAGUCCGGGGAAAGCAAGUCUAGCAUACUAGCUUUAAAAUGCCUUUCUCCCUCCGUGAAGCAGGGCUGUUAAGUUACUCCUUCUAAACACUAAAGUUUUCUGUUUGGUGCUUCUCUACAAAGAGCACAUGACUUUGUAGUUUUUGAUAAAAUU